AUGGACAAGAACCUCAACGAGCUCCUCAAAUGGAGUAUUGAGAACCAAGAAACCGGACAAAAUGGCGAGACCGGCGCUGCCACUGGCGUGGCCCCUGCCGCCGCCCCGGCCAGUACCCUCAGCCCUGAAGCCAUCGCCGCUCUCUUCGGCGGCGGCCCCAGCGACGCCGAGCUCAUGAAGGCGGCGAUGGAGGUCAUCACAUCGACGGACCCCGAGGUGACGCUCGAGAGCAAGGUCACCGCCUUCGACAACUUCGAGCAGCUCAUCGAGGGCCUCGACAACGCCAAUAACAUGGCCAACCUGUCCCUCUGGACCCCGCUGCUCAGCUGCCUCGCCCACGACGAGCACGACAUCCGCCGCAUGGCCGCCUGGUGCGUCGGCACCGCCGUCCAGAACAACGAGCCCAGCCAGGAGCGCCUCCUCGCCAUGGGCGACGCCGGCAUCCCCGCCCUCGUGGCGAUGGCCAUCAAGGAGGACGAGAAGGAGGCCGUGCGGAGGAAGGCCCUCUACGCCCUCAGCUCCGCCGUGAGGAAUUACCAGCCCGGCAUGGACGCCUUCACCGACGAGCUGGCCAAGAAGGGCAUUCGCUCUGGCAAGGUUGAUGCUGUGAACAUGGAGGAGAUCGACAAGGUUAUGGACGACCUCAGGGCGAAGAUCUAG